UGAGGGACAGCGAGCGGCGAGGACGCCGAAGGAAGAAGCUGACUGAGCAUUUAGGAGAUAUAUACAGCGAGUUUUAGUUUCAAGGCAUGCAGUUUAGAUAAAUAGGUACAACAACCACUCCACAAGCUCUACGGAUCUGAAAACAUUAGAGCAACUCAGGUGUUGAUUAAAACAAAACACAUUUUAGUGGAUUCAUUUAGAAAUAGAAUGGGUUCCAGAAGAUACCGUUCUGAGAAGCCGGGAGAAGUGAACUACCCAUUCUGCUGCAUUGGGGUUUGUCUGAUAAUUAUCCUACAGUUGUGUGCUGCGUUCAACUUGGACGUGGAAAACCCCACGGUCUACAGCGGACCUAAUGGGAGCUACUUUGGAUAUUCCGUGGAAUUUUACUUGACCAAUUCUUCAAGUGUCAGUGUGGUGAUCGGUGCUCCCAAGGCCAAUACCAGCCAGCGCAACAUCACAGAGGGCGGGUCCGUGUACUACUGCCCAUGGAGUCUCGGCCAAUCAGAGUGCCACAACAUUGAGUUUGACAAUCAAGGGGACCGAACAGUCACACUCAACAACACAGACUACCAGGCUGAAGUCAAGUCCCACCAGUGGUUCGGCGCCACCGUCCGUUCCCACGACGACACCAUUCUGGCCUGCGCCCCUCUGUACUCCUGGAGGACCAAAGAAGACAUGCCCCAGUCAGAUACCACAGGAACCUGCUACCUCUCUGUCAAGAACUUCACUAAGUUUGUGGAAUAUGCUCCCUGUCGCACAGAAUUCAUUAACGAGGGGGGCCAGGGCUACUGUCAGGGGGGAUUCAGUGCUGAUUUCACCAAGGAUGGGAAAGUGGUGCUUGGAGGACCAGGCAGCUUCUUCUGGCAAGGUCAGGUGAUCUCAGCAGCCAAAGAAGAGAUCAUCAAGGCUUACUACCCAGGGUACUUCAUGCAGUCUGUAGAGGGACAGAUCCAGACCAGACAGGCUCAGCUCAAAUAUGACGACAGCUACCGCGGUUACUCUGUUGCGGUCGGGGAAUUCAGUGGAGAUGAGGUGGAAGAUUUUGUGGCUGGGGUCCCAAAAGGAGUCAUGCUAUACGGUUUGGUGUCUGUUUUCAAUGGCACCGAUCUGAAGUCUAUGCUCGACUACACUGGUGAACAGAUGGGCUCCUAUUUUGGGUAUGCUGUGGCCACAGCUGACAUCAAUAACGACGGCAUGGUUGACCUGUUGGUGGGAGCUCCCAUGUAUAUGACCCGGGGGUCAGACAGUCGCCUGGAGGAGGUGGGCCGUGUGUACGUCUAUCUGCAACGUGGACCCCUGAACCUGGAGCCAACCCUCAACCUGACCGGAACCCAGGUGUUCGGGAGGUUUGGUAGCACCAUCGCCGCUCUGGGAGAUCUCAACCAGGACGGAUACAAUGAUGUGGCCAUCAGCUGUCCAUUCGGUGGAGAUGACAAGCAGGGAUUGGUUCUCAUCUACAACGGAUUUGUUGGGGGGCUCAGGGACACGCCCUCUCAGGUCAUAGCUGGCCAAUGGGCUUCAGGCACUGUGCCCGCAAGCUUUGGAUUUGCCCUCCGAGGGGCUAAAGACCUGGACAUGAAUGGUUACCCAGAUCUUAUUGUUGGUGCUUUUGGAGUUGACAAGACAGUUCUGUACAGAUCCCGGCCCAUCGUCAACACCAGUGCCUCCCUGACUGUCUACCCCACCAUGAUCAACCCUGAGGAGAAGAGUUGUUCAGUCAACAACGGCAACACCACCAUCCCUGUCUCCUGUGUCAACCUGAGUUUCUGCCUCUCGGCCAAUGGGAAGUACCUCCCAGACAACCUAGACUUCCAGGUAGAGGUGCAGUUGGACCGUCUGAAGCACAAGCAGAAGGGAGGGGUGAAGAGGGCUCUGUUUGUAGACUCCCAGCAGACAGUGCUCACGAGGAGUGUGAGGGUGCGGAACAGAGAGCGUGUGUGUCAUGACACCAAGAUCUAUCUGAGGGAUGAUAAGGAGUUCAGAGAUAAGCUCUCCCCCAUCUACAUCUCCCUCAACUUCAGUCUGGAUCCUCAGGCAGCUUUCGACUCCCACGGCCUCAGACCCAUCCUCAACUACCAGUCCACCGAGCUCAUCGAGCAGAAGGCCCAGAUUCUGCUGGACUGUGGAGAAGACAACAUUUGUGUUCCUGACUUAAAGCUGGCGGUGCACGGGGACCGGAAGGAAGCGUACCUAGGUGACGACAACUCACUGACCUUGACUUUCAACGCUCGGAACGAGGGUGAAGGAGGGGCCUACGAGGCUGAGCUGUACGUGGUGCUGCCUCCUGAAGCGGACUACAGCGGUAUAGCCCGCAAUAACGAGAGCCUGACCCAGCUAACUUGUAGCUACGAGACAGAGAACCAGACCCGCUACCUCAGCUGUGACCUGGGCAACCCUAUGAAGUCUGGCACCAGCCUGUGGGCAGGUCUGCGCUUCACUGUGCCGCGACUGAAGGACACGCGCAAGACGGUUCAGUUUGAGCUGCAGAUCCGCAGUAAAAAUGAGAAUAAUUCCCACAGCGAGGUGGUUCCCUACAGGUUGGAGGUGGUUGUCCAGGCCGAUGUUAUUUUACAAGGAGUCUCCCGGCCAGACAAGGUCUUCUUCCCUCCCCCCAACUGGAAGGUGUCCAAGAGCCCCCAGGUGGAGCAGGACAUCGGGCCUGCAGUCCAACACGUCUAUGAGCUGGUGAACAAAGGCCCCAGUGGUAUUAGCCACACAGUGCUUCAGCUCAGUUGUCCUCUCAGUGUUCAGGGCCAGGGUCUCCUCUACCCUCUGGAGAUCUCUACUGAGGGACCCCUCAACUGCACCACCAACCACUCCAUUAACUACAUGCAGCUCAAGCUCCAGCAGUCGUCCACAGAGCAGCCUCCCCUACUUGUGCCCGGCCAGGAUCACCACAUCGAGAGGAGAGACGUCCACAGAGACCAGUUGGCUGAGCACACUAACCUGUCCUGCUCUAAUGUAGAAUGCUGGACGCUGCAGUGUGACGUUGGUCUUCUGGAGAAGGGGACCAGCGCCAUCCUCAAAGUGCGCUCACGCAUCUGGGCUGAGACCUUCAUCGAGAGAGCAUACAAAGGGUAUGUGCUUGAGUGCCUGGCAAGAUUCAGUGUAAUCAAGAUGCCCUAUGCCAUCUUACCCAAGGAGCUACCAAGUGGAUCUAAAAAGGUGGUGACCCCGGUGGUGUGGAACAAGCCGGACAGUCAGUACUCUGUGCCAAUGUGGAUCAUCAUCUUGGCCAUACUAGCUGGACUUCUUCUGCUGGCACUGGUGAUUUACGUCCUGUACAAACUUGGCUUCUUCAAGAGGUCGCUACCCUACGGUACGGCUAUGGAGAAGGCCCAACUCAAGCCCCAUGCUACGUCUGAGGCCUAAACACCACAGAAGGAUUAAAACAAGCUACUUUGUUGUCAAAGAACCAAAGAAACCUAAAUACCCACAUGAUUGCAACAGAGAAACGUGGUUCAUUUAAAUGUCCAGAGAGGAUCAGACUGCAGUUGAAGAGUGAGGAAGAGGAGGAGAAAAGACCACUGGAACUCCACUGUACUGCACUAGAGGAAGAAAACCCUAAGAACUCCAAACCAAAUGAAUGUUUUUAAUUUAAUAUGUGUCGUUUUGUUUGUCCUCGUUGGGGUUGGGGUCGAUCACCAAGAUGAGCUUCAGUGUCACAGUCAGACAAACAGGCCUGAGACUUACUGAUCCUAUCCUAAGUCCAAGACUAGUGACUACAGAAGAUGGAGAAUGGGAGCCCUUGAUAAGCCCAGGAUGGAGGAAGACGUUUGGUUUCUCCCUCCACAUCUUUUAAAAUAGCUUUUAAUUAUCUUGGAUCCUUGUGAAAGAUAAUAAUGUUUAAGUCUUUUUAAUUGCCUUCAUUUUGGUGCUAAAAAGUACAAAUGUGCUCAGUGCUUCAAACGGGAUGGCCACAUCUUUCUUCUGGUGUCGAGGGGAGUGAAUACCUCUCUCUUCCUUUUCGUAGCAUUAAAGAAUCACAGCUGAUACUUUCCCCACCAAAGACCUGGAAACUGCAUGAUCAGGGUUUCUACCCAGAGACAGAUGAUUGUGUCUGUAUCAUGUUGCCAAACUCUCUACACUUUGACUUUUUUUUACCUAUGAACAUUUCUACCAAAGAUUUUUUACAGUCUUGUCUGUUAAUGUUUUAUGUAAGAUGUAAGUGCAGCCCAAGUGCUCCAGUAAUGUUUGUCAGGCUCCUCUGUUUUAUCUAAAACUAUCUACAUGGCUUCUGCCCGCUUCUGAGUGGUGGACAUGCAGUGCUUGGUUCAGUUGUUUUGCACACAAAGGAAAUCUACUGAUGACUAACAAGAUGCCAAAAACAGACAGGAUACUGACCGACUGAUCUUCCCACGAGUUUGACAUGAACUCUUCCCGAUCACGUCGUGUUGAUCCAUGUUCGUUGUGACAAAAUGAAAGCAUUGCCUCAAAGUCGUCUGGGACUUGACUGGAUCCACCACCAUGGGCCUGUGAGAUAGAUCUCACUAACAGCUUGAAACAGUGUGGUGCUUUGCCAGAACUCUGGCUGGUGACUUGUAAGCAAGGUUUCCAGACUUUGCCUGUGCUGCAAGAGGCAGUAUGGAAAUUGGGUUGAAGCAAAGGCCAUCCAGGUAUAUCCUCAGCCUUGGUGUGUAAUGAUGUCUUGAAAGUCAAUAUAUACCUAUCGUGUGUGUUGCCAACAGAGAUCAGGGAAGUUGCAGUACAUUCUGAGUGGGUUGCUAGCAGGUCAGGGCUCAUUCCAUGUUGAGUGUCAGGGAAACAGCCAAAUGUCCAGUCCCUACACAUUUGGCCUCGAUCUUAGUGUGCUGCGAGCAUCUUCACUUUGGUUGAUAUUUUUAUUUUUAUUUGAUGCCCUUAUGGAUAAAGAGAACUGACUAUGAGUACCAAAUGCACUCCACAAUGCUGCAGCUUCACCCAGGGACUGAAAAUAUGCGGGGUUCAUUUAUUUGUCAUGUUUUCAUGUAAAUAAAUAGUCUGUGUGUGUGUGUGUGUGUGUGUGUGUGUGUGUGUGUGUGUGUGUGUGUGUGUGUGUGUGUGUGUGUGUGUGUGUGUGUGUGUGUGUGUGUGUGUGUGUGGUGUGUGUGUGUGUGUGUGUGUGUGUGUGUGUGUGUGUGUGUGUGUGUGUGUGUGUGUGUGUGUGUGUGUGUGUGUGUGUGUGUGUGUGUGUGUGUGUGUGUGUGUGUGUGUGUGUGUGUGUGUGUGUUGGACUGCGUGUGACUUCAUGUGUGCAUGCUCCUGUCUGUGUAUGUUUUUCGUGUCAAUCAGAGAGAUCUUUCCCAUUGCUAAGUCCGCUCCUUCCUCCCUUGCAUCACUAGAGAAGGGUAGACUUGUCCAGCAGUAAUGCUGAUCAUCGCGCCACUACAAUUUGUGCUCAGGAUAGGAUGAGACUGCUGUUCAGGACAGCUAGGACCAGAGUAGCUAUUCAUUUAAUGCAAUAGAGAGCAUGUACAUGUCUGUACUGUAAAAUCAGUUUGUGCCUCUUGUAAAGGAAUAGCAACUGGGCAUUGGGAACAAAACUCAUCUUGUUUGUACGUGCAAUAUUAUUUACUCUGGUUAAUAUCGUUUUCUUUUUUUGUUGUUGCAGUUUUUGUUAUUUUCUUUGGUUUUGUUCCGGAGGAGUUGCGCUAAACCCAUUGUAUCUACCAUCUGGUGAUGAGUGUGAGAUAUCAACCAUACAUAAACGCUUCUCGUGGUCGGAGCGUUAUGGUCAGAUUUUUUCUCUCUAGGUCUUUCCCAUUUUUGACCACUUACAUUUUGCUCCAUCAUUAUAACUAGCCAAUCUUUAGUAUCGAUAUUUUACAUAUCAGUGGUAAAAAAAAAAAAAAUAUAUAUAUAUAUAUAACGACCUCCAUCAAACCUCUGAGUUGAACUCGAGUUGGCCUAUGUUACUUGUGUGAUAAUGUAUGUGCAGUUCAAUUGUAUCUGCUAUCUAAACACAGCCAUAGUGUUACACAUCUGUUUUGAUCUGCUAUACCCCCUGGAUGAUAUUGGUGAUUUCAUUCUGCGAUUAGGCUUUUCACGAGAGAGCUUUAUCCAGACUCGUGGUGCAAAGACUGCUCAUGCCUCUCAGUGGAUUCAUUUUACACAUAUAACAUUGUUUUGAACAGUAUUUGUAUGACGUUAGUGUCCAGACUGAACAUUUCAACCUAGGGUUAUUUAUAUGUUGAGGAUGUUUUAAACCUAAUCCUCUGUGGUUAAAAGCAGGAGACUACACUGGGUUUAUCCUAGCCUCUUUUUAAUCAUUUUUUUCUCCUUUUUACCAAAAGUUGUAAAUAUAUUUCUGACAAGGAGAAUGUUUUUAGAUCCAAUAAAAAAUAAUUGCUUGUUGUGAAAUGUACUCUCCUCAUAUUGGGGGGGUGUUAGUCUUUCAGUGAUCAUUUGUAUCUUAUUUUAUGGUUUGCAUUUCCAAUAAAAAAAAAUACAUUUUUUUUUACAAACUCAUGCUUUGAUUGAAUACACAUCAUUCGGAAAAUAAUUUAUUUAGAAAAAAAUAAACGUACAUGGUAUGAAAUGUU